GGACGAAUUAUUUUUAUGAGCAUGCGUUUGGGCAAGAUAACGGGUUUUUAGUUUUUACCCAUUGGCAUCGCCCGUCUGUACUGUACAACAUCCGAUCCGAAACCUAGCAACACCCCCGGACAGACGGGCGCGAACUCAAACCCUAGAAACGGUAGCCAUGGAUUCGGGAGGCGGAGGAGGGAGCGGCGCGCACAAGGCGGCCUCGGGCUCCGCGCCCUCGCCGGCGCCUAACCCCACGGCGAUGCUUUCGGCGCUCAUGAGCAAGCGCGCCAAGCUCCAGGAGGAGCUCCGCUCCAUCGAGCGCCAGGUUUAUGAUAUGGAGACCACCUACCUACAGGAGACUAAUCAAUUUGGAAGUGUGCUGAAGGGUUUCGAAUCUUUUUUGUCAUCCUCAAAAAACACCUCUAACCUUAAGCGCUCUCGGAAAUUUCAGGCUGACGAGAGGUUAUUCUCCCUGUCAUCCGUUACUUCUCCAGCGGUUGAUGAACAUUUGGCUGGACGAGAUGAUGGAAGAGAGUAUGGAGCAGGUCGUUCUAAGGGUGGAAGCACCCCUGCGAACGGGCAAGGCAAACCGAAGAAGGGAGGGCGCCCUGGCGGGCGAGACGGCAAGAGACUACGGCCGUCGAAUGACCCAGACCUGGACGACGAAGAUGACUACUAACUCCUCCAUCAUGUAGGCCUACUGUAGCGGGUUAACUUCAAUUUAGCGUCUAGCAGCACAUGAUUCUUUACGAAUUGCUUCCCUUCUCGUUUGUUUUGCUUGGUUGCAUCUUCGCUUCCUUCCCCAACUCUUCCGAUUUGUAAUAUAACAUAGGUCAAUGAAAAUUAGCCAGAUUGUUAAAAUUUUGUGCAAACUUUGUUCUCAGACGGUAGCUUUUUCUGGAUUUCCGAGUUAAUAUAUCUUCGUUACAUCCUUGAA